GGGUUUGCAUUGGAAACUGCCACAGCAGCGCUGCAUCGGAGGGACAAGCUGGUUCCCUUGGACCCGAGCAGGGAAGGGGAUGAGUUUUACCAAGUCCCUGAUGGCAGCCGCUACUGCAGGAAGUGCCCGGCGGGAAACUACGUGUCAGAGCCCUGUACAGAGCAACACGGCCCCAGCAAGUGUUUGCCGUGUAAAGCAAACGAGUACAUCGAAUACCCCAACGACUUCCCCAAGUGCCUUGGCUGCCGGACGUGCAGGGAAGAUCAGGUGGAGCUGAGUCCCUGCCGCCGCGUCAGCAACACGCAGUGCGUCUGCAAGAACGGCACCUUCUGCUCCCCAGACCACCCCUGCGAGAUGUGCCAGAAGUGCCGGCCCCGGUGUCCCAAGGAUAAGGUGGAGAAGGCUCCCUGCACGCCACACAGUGACCGCCAGUGCGGGCCUCCCGUCAGCACCUUCUCCAGCUCCUCCGGCAGCUGGAUCGUCGUGAGCAUCGCAGUGGUGGUGGGGACUGGGGUCCUGGUUGGGCUAUCCGUGUGCUUCUGGAAGUGCUACUCCCGCCGUUCCCAAGGGGACGCGAGAGACCUGAGUGGGAAGUCCUGCAGCGUGGUGGACUACCUGGUGCGGCAGCUGACGAGGUACCAGAGGGGGGGCCUGGGGACGCAGGACAACAUCCUCAAUGAGCAGCUCUUCCGGGAUCAGCUGCUCCACCGGGCGUCGGGCUCGGUGACUCCCAGCGCUCCGGGGCUGGAGGUGUCGGGGGACUCGUGUCCCAGGGUGAUACCCAGGAGGCGGCUGGUUCCAGCGCAAGGAAGAGACCCCGCUAACUGUUUGCGACGCUCCUUUGACAUCUUUGCCCAAGAUGUGCCCUACAGCCACUGGAGGAGAUUCGGCCGAGCCCUUGACCUGUUGGAGAACGACAUUGCGCUGGCGGGGAUGACCGACAUGUAUUCGCUGGAGCCCUUCUUCCAGAUGCUCCACACGUGGCAGAACAGAGAAGGGAUGAGCGCUUCCGUCAACGUGCUGCUGGAGACCCUGCACCACAUCAACCUCGGAGGGAUCGCAGAGGACAUCGCCUCCAAGCUGGUUCAGCACGGAUCUUUCCAAUACGAAGCGAGCUGA